GUUUAGGUGAUGACCGUGGUAAAUGUUACAGUAAAAUUUUUUGCUCAAGCUCGUGAAUUGUCUAAAGAAAUAUAUUUAUACUAGCUGUCAAUGAAAAUUACAUAUCUGAUAAUUUGGAAAUCACUUUAAGAGAAAAAGACGUUGUGGCUGUUAUCCCGCCAAUAAGUGGAGGUUAAAAAAAAAAAUGAUUGAUUUAAAAAUUGUGAAUUCUGAACUGGAUAUUGGCUCUGCUAUGAAUUCUGUCAACUCACCGCAAUGUGGAGCUAUAUCAAUAUUCAUUGGAACGACUAGAGAACACUUUAAUGGAAAUAAAGUAAAAACAUUAUUUUACGAAGCUUACGAGUCAAUGGCGUUGAAUCAAAUGAAAAGUAUCACUGUGUUGACUAGACAAAAAUGGCCUGAAGUUGUCAACAUUGCAAUACAUCACAGGAUUGGUGAAGUAAAAGUUGGAGAAGCUGGUGUAGUGAUUGCCGCCUCAUCUCCUCAUCGCAAACAUGCUCAAGAAGCCGUCUCGUUUAUACUCGAAAGACUAAAAACCACGGUUCCCAUUUUUAAAAAAGAACAGUACGAAGACGGCAGUGGUGUAUGGAAAGCUAAUGAAGAAUGUGCUUGGAAGAGUAACAAUAAUAUAUCGAACUGCUAAAUAUUAAGUUAAAAUAAUUGGACUUUAUCUUAGUUGGAUACUUGAUUAUUUAAUAUAAUUAAAAUAACUAUAGUAAUUAAAUUAUGAUUGUGAAUUGAAUUCAGGAAUUAUAUAAGAUUAACGUUAGUAUACAUUGAGAUUAUGUUAAUGACAAAUCUUUGAGCUCAAAUACUUUUUAAAAGUAAGACAAAACUAUUCCUCGAGGUCUUCCAUGUAGUAUGUAAGUCCGUGUUCAUUUAUAGGCUUAACGUAAGUUCUUUUAUUGAUUGUGAUUUAAUAUAAUUUUUGUACUCGUGUAUACUAACCGAGUAUUGUACUAUUGUAAUAAAAAAAUACAAUAAAAUAAUCAUCAAAAUGAAUGUUUUUAUUUUUUUUUUCUCCUAUUUUCUGUACAAAAUGUUCAAAAUGACAAAUUAAACAUCUGGUUAAUAGUAUAAAAUUUAACAUAUAACAAAUCAAAACACUUAUGCCUUAAACAGACUAAAAAUAAUGGAACCACAAUAUUAUGGCACUAGAAUUAGAAAAAAUAUAUAUAUAAAUAAUAGAUUGCAUCUUCGUUUUUGCUUUAUUUACCAUUUGGUGUCUCAGUAGUUAAUGUACGACUGUUAACCAUUCAAUAUAGUUUUUGUUUUUUUUUUUUUUUCAAAAAUAA